AUGCCAGCAGGUGUAUCAUGGCCACGAUAUCUAAGGAUGUUUGCAGCCAGUGUGUUGUCAAUGUUUGCUGGAGCACAGGUUGUGCAUCAGUAUUACCGUCCUGAUUUAACCAUUCCAGAGGUCCCACCAAAGCCUGGAGAACUGCGAACAGAACUUCUUGGCUUGAAAGAAAGACAGACAGACUCUGAGAAACAGUGACCCAUUGAUUUGUUUUUCAUAGCUACUGUGUAUAGAAACAUCUUUUUUUUUUUUUUUUUUUUUCAAAGCCUGAGUAAAAUGGUACAAAAGUUAUUUUAUUCUGUGAAUAAAGUUAUUUACAUGUG